CUGAAAAUUUAUUAUAUCAAGACAGCUCUGAUGAGUCUUUGUUAAAAGUUGCUGAUUUUGGCCUGUCGAAGAUUUGUGAAUCAAACAUCCAAAUGUCCACAGUGUGUGGUACCCCAGGAUAUUGUGCCCCAGAAGUGUUGCAAGGAAAUCCCUACAGCACUGCAGUUGAUAUGUGGAGUGUUGGAGUCAUCACAUAUAUUCUGCUUUGUGGCUAUGAACCAUUUUAUUGUGAUAAUGAGAAGGAGAUGUAUAAAAAGAUUAUCAAAGGGGACUACAUGUUUGAUGCACCUUGGUGGGAUGAUGUCAGUGAAAAUGCAAAGGAUUUGGUUCGCCAGCUGUUGAAGGUUGAUCCAGCAGAGCGUCUGACAUCUAGCCAAGCUCUGGAGCACCCCUGGUUGAAAGGGGCGUGUAAGAGCCAGCACAUGGAGGAGGCUCAGUGCAAACUCAAACAGUUCAAUGCCAAAAGGAAACUCAGGGCAGCUACAGCUGUUGUGAUGGCUAUGAACAAAGUGACCCUGGGCGACAAGGGUAGAGCACAGAGUGAAAGACGGAGUGUACCGGAAGACAUGCAAGUCCCAUAGAACACAAUCUGUUUAGACAACUUGCAAACAUGUACAUUCUUGGUCUUUGUGAAGAGUAUGGAAAGAACAGUGUGCUCUUAACAUUGAUAGGGUUCAUAAAACUUGGCCUUCCAAAUCUUUUAUAUUCAGUGAGACAGAAAGGGAAGAGGUAUAUAUCUCACUGUGUUGCAUUCCUCAAAGUUAUCAUAUAUUUUGUGGCAUUGAGAAUACAGAACAAACUAUUUACACACAAUUUUGCACUGAAAUUUGAUGGAAAUUAAUACAUAUAGGUCUGCUUCAUAGGUGGAGUUGUAGAAUAUCCUUACGUGUUGAAAGAAUAUCAGAACAUUUUCAAUAGGAAUACAAUUAAUAUC